GGCGUUCCGGGUGUUUUCAGUGAGCCACAGAUCCCGGGAUACUACGGGUACGGUGUUUGGAUGAAUGUGCGUUUCUGGAACCGUGUAUCUGGAGCUCAUCUGGUGUGGUCCAUCACUGGAUAACGGAUCGCUGGACUGUCCACACAUCGGAAAGAACUAUUCGCGGUCGGGACUGUAAUGAGCUGUGGUAGUUGGCGCGUCUUCGUGAAGGCUGAAGUUCCUGUGACCCAGACCCGUGACUCAGACACGCACGUGGACGGGCUGCGUUCAGCAAACACAGUCAAACACACGACGGGUGCAUCCUUCGCGGUGCGAUCGAUAAAUUGAUUUCCUCCCUUAUCGGUACACGUCACACGCGGUUGGAGGGAUUCUUCUUUGUUACUUCACACCAGGCCGACUGGCUCGAUGCUUUGCAACAUUGCGAUGAAAUGCGUAAUAAUUGAAGAUGGCUCGCCACAGUAGUGACGCGGUACACUAGACACGACGACGACCGGAGCGCUCCCAAUUGACAGCUGCAAACAAUGCCACGGUUCCCACUAGUGCACCGGGCACGGAGUGCCACGAGAAAGAAUUGAACGGUUUGACAGCUACGUACCCACGGCAACGACCCGCGGCGACACUACGCAUCGAAACACGAUCCGAACGAGAAUCAGCAGGCCCAGAUUAGGCGCAGGCUCUGCUGGGCGCGAAGUGAUGAACAUUUUAUCCUCCCGACGUGUCAGAAUCCAGCAAUCGUAAUCAAUGUUUCAGACAUGCCGCCUCUGGAACCUCAGUAUUGCGAGCGUGCUGGCGCUGACUCUGUCCAACGUGUUUCUCACCGUCCGGUUGCUGCACAGCGGCGACCAGUGCAACCAGUACGGCGGAGGUGGCGGCAACGGCGAGGAUGGCGUCUCGAUGGUCCCGCGAGCCCCCGUCCUCACGCCGGCCACCUGCCUGGAGUACGUGCUGGCGGACGGGCUGGCGAACGGCACGGAUAAGGCCGUCUUCUCCGGGCUCGAUCUGCGGCUCGGUCGCUGGGACGCUCGGCGGCUGUACAAGAUCUUCGACUACGCCGUCGUCGGCGAGCGGUUCCCGGAGCUUUCGGGUGCGUACACCGUGUGCCUGGCGACGCAGGCCUCACUGGAGAAGAUCUACUCGCUGGUCCAGGUCGCCCACCACUGGUCUGGGCCGCUGUCGGCCGCCAUCUUCGCCGCCGGCAACGACGAGCUGUACCUGGUGCAGCUCUAUCUGUCCUACCUGCGCAGCUGCUUCCGGCCGAUCCGGGAGCGGGUCAGCUUCCAUCUCGUCCUACCGCGGGAGCGGCCCCCGACGCACCUGCAGAGUGUGCACGUGGGCGACUUCACCCGGUUCGACUGUGCCAAACCGGAGGCGACGCUGAACGAGCUGCUGCGGCAGCGCCGGCCGGACACGAGCAAGUGGCGCAUCAAGAACCCGUACCCGCAGAACCAUCUGCGCAACGUGGCCCGCAAGGGCUGCCAGAGCGGGUACGUGUUCCUCACCGACGUCGACAUCGUGCCGAGCGUCAGCUUCGCCGAGCAGCUGGACCGCUUUCUCCGCCGCCAGAAGCCGGGCGGGGCGGGGUCGUCGGGGAACCAGCAGCAGCACCACCACCACCAGCACCACCACCAGCUGACCGCAUUCGUUGUGCCAACGUACGAGCUGGACGAGCGGGUGCGCUUCCCGCGCAACAAGACUGACCUCAUCCGGCUCGCGAACAAGGGCCUGGCCCGUCCGUUUCACCACAAGGUGUUUAUCUACAACCAGUUCGCGACGAACUUUUCGAGGUAA